GGAAGCGGCGGCGGACGGGUGGCGCUGCCGCGGAACUGCCGCGCAGCGGGAGCGGGAAACGGGUAGGUGAAUGGAUCUUCAGAAACAGAGUUGCUAAAACUGACAGAAAAUGGCCUAUCGAAGAGAUGAGAUGUGGUCUGAAGGGCGAUACGACUAUGAAAGAGUUCCAAGAGAACGUCUCCCUCCAAGGAUUCAUGGUGAUGGUGAUUACCACAGAAUAGUAAACAUUGUGCCCAAGAAACCGCCACUGCUUGAGAGACCCGGAGACGGGAAUUACAGUCGCUAUGACGAUUACGGUCACGCUGAUUACAGAGGCUAUAACGAGGGUCGUAGUUUUGCCCACGACCGAAGAAGUGGCCCUCCACACCGAGGUGUACAUAAGGAUGAAUCAGGAUACAGAUGGGCAAGGGAUGAUCACCCUACAAGACCUGAAUACAGGGACGUCAGAGAUGGCUUCAGAAGGAAAAGCUUCUAUUCUCAUUAUGGCAGAGAUCGAUCCCCUCACAAGAGGGACUCUCCUUUCUUCAGGGAAUCGCCAGGGAGCCGAAGGGAUUCUCCGCACAGCAGAUCUGGCUCUAGUGUCAGCAGCAGAAGCUACUCUCCUGAAAGAAGCAAAGCCUAUCCUUACCACCAGCAUAGCAGAAAUAUGUCAUCUUCACAUAAAAGAAAUGUUUCUUCUCAGCAAGGUAAAGAGAGGACAGUUCAGUCACUGAAAACAUCAAGAGAUGCAUCACCUUCAGGGUCCACAGCAGUACCUUCAUCAAAGGCCCUGGAGAAGAGCAACAGACUAUCAGAGAAAGAACUUGCAGAAGCUGCGAGCAAGUGGGCAGCUGAAAAGUCAGAGAAGACCGAGGAAAGCAAUUUACCUGAAAUAACAGAGUAUGAUGCUGGGUCUUCAGCUCCAUUAUACAUUGAGCAAACAGAGGAAAUAGAGGCAAAUCUGACGGAUAAUACGGAAUUAUACGAGGACAGCCAGCUUCUAGGUCGUUCAAAAGCAAUUGCAACUAAGACAAAGGAGAUUGAACAGGUCUACAGACAAGACUGUGAAACCUUUGGCAUGGUAGUGAAGAUGCUAAUUGAUAAAGAUCCAUCAUUAGAGAAGUCCAUUCAGUUUGCCCUGAGGCAGAAUUUGCAUGAAAUAGGUGAGAGAUGCAUUGAAGAACUCAAACAUUUCAUUGCUCAGUACGAUGCUGCCAACCAAGAUGUAUCAGAGUCCUUCAAAGAGGGCUCAUACUAAGGACAAAAAUAUGCGUUUAGAUCCUGUGCAUUGUGUAUGCCAUAGUACAUAAAUCUGCUUUUUGUGGGGAAAGAGGAACUUUUGUUCGAGAUUUGAACCCAAGGCCUGUGCUCCUUUCUAAUAGCUCAGGUGACUGUU